AUGGGUAGACAAAAGGACGCUCUGCAGAAACUAGACAGGACCUUUCGGACCCCGCACCGAAUCCUCCGCCUGGGAUUGGCGGAAUGCCUGGGAACGCUAAUCUUGGUGACAUUUUCUUGUGCCGGGGUGGCACAGUGGAUGCUCAGCGGUGGAACGCAUGGAACGUUCCUCUCCGUCAAUUUGGCUGUUGGAGGCGGCGUCACACUGGGCGUCCUUCUCAGCGGGCCUAUCUCAGGGGGCCACCUGAAUCCAGCCGUGACCUUUGCGCUAUGUUUACUGGGCCGAGAGUCUUGGAAGAAGUUCCCGUCGUUCUUCUUCUUCCAGACCUUGGGCGCGUUCCUUGCUGCCGCAGUCGUAUAUUGCCUCUAUUUUGAUGCGAUACGGGAAUUUGGCCAUGGGGAGUUUCUUGUGGUGGGGAAAAAUGCCACUGCUGGGAUUUUUGCUACGUAUCCUUCUCAACAUCUCUCAGUGGUCAAUGGAUUCCUGGAUCAGAUUAUUGGAACAGCAGCACUGAUUACAUGCAUCCUGGCUAUUAUUGACCCGCAUAACAAUUCCAUCCCACGUGGGCAGGAAGCAUUCCCCGUAGGUCUUGUGGUGCUGGUUAUUGGCCUGACCAUGGGGUUUAACGCAGGAUAUGCCAUCAACCCCGCGCGGGACCUGGGACCCCGGCUCUUCACGGCUGUAGCGGGAUGGGGCAGUGAAGUUUUCACGUAA